UCGCCAGCCCUUUUCGCCCAGCCGGUUGCACGCCAGGAAAAUGGCCUCCGUCAACCUCUCCACCGAACGCUUCUUCGCCGAUCGCGACACCCCCGUGUGCAGCCUCGGCAUAGCCAAGUCGUUCGCACAACUCAGCUCAAAGGAGAAAAAGUAUGCCCACUACAUUGGCGAGGCCUCUUGGGCGGGUGCUCGCGUCAUCCAGGAACAGACUACCCCGCAGGCAUGCAAGCUUUACGAUCUGCUCAUCCUGACUUUCAGCAAGGACGGCAAGCUCGCUGAUCUCGCCGGCUUGAAGCAGCAGUCUGGAGUCCCGGACGACGAUUGGAGCGGUCUCCUGCAAUAUACCACGCAGGUAUUGAGCAACCUGGUAAACUUCCGAAGCUUUGGCUUCACCAAAAUUAUUCCCCGUGUGCCAGAGGGCAGCUUCCUCGCGGUCGUAGAGAAGUCUGCCAACGCCAAACAAGCCCUUGCGUUAUGGAAUGAGCUGAAAGACCAUAUCUAUCAGCUCAUUCCGGAAUCAAGCAACUACAUCGGCAAACGUCAAGAGGGCCACGUCUCGAACUAUUAUCUCGGUCACCCGCCGACGGACCUCGAGGUUGCAGCCGUUCAGGCCGCCGCUGAGAAAUUUGGUGUCGAUGUUCUCAAUACUCGUGUCAAGAAGGACGGCCCCGCAGACUUCACUCUACUUGUGGCUUCCGUUGAAUCAAAGUCCUCGACACACGAGUUCGAGAUCGGUAACAACAAGGGCAAACUCACGAUUCAGUAUGGCGACCAUUCUGAGGCGCUGGCGAAGGUCAACGCUGCGCUUAAGAAGGCUAAAGAUUUCGUCGCGAACGAGCACCAGGCGGCCAUGCUCGAAGGCUACAUCAAGUCGUUCGAGAGUGGCUCCAUCCCAGACCACAAAGCCGGCUCGCGCGAAUGGGUCAAAGACAUUGGUCCCGUCGUGGAAAGCUAUCUCGGUUUCAUCGAGACCUAUGUCGACCCGUACGGUGGACGCGCCGAGUGGGAAGGCUUCACAGCUAUCGUCGACAAGGCACUUAGUGCCAGAUAUGAGGUGCUCGUGAAUAGAGCACCAGAGCUGAUCAAGGUUCUGCCCUGGGGCAAAGAUUUUGAAGUCGACAUUUUCCGCAAGCCUGAUUUCACGGCGCUGAAUAUUGUAACGUUUGCCACUGGAGGUAUCCCGGCUGGAAUCAACAUUCCCAACUACUACGAUAUCCGUGAGUCGACGGGCUUUAAGAACGUGUCUCUGGCAAACAUCCUGGCGGCGAAGGCUCCCAAUGAGGAGCUUACUUUCAUCCACCCUUCUGACGUUGAUGUUUACAACAAGUGGGACAACCGCGCGUUCGAACUCCAAGUUGCCAACCAUGAGCUUCUGGGUCACGGUACGGGCAAGCUGUUUGAGGAACGGGAAGACGGCUCGAAGAACUUCGAUCCCGCGAAGGUCAUUAACCCACUCACAGGCAAGCCGAUUACAUCAUGGUAUAAGCCUGGUCAGACCCCGGGCUCUGUGCUUGGCGAAGUCUCUUCAUCUAUGGAAGAGUGCCGCGCAGAGACAGUGGCGCUGUACCUUGUGAGCGACCGCGAUAUCCUCAAAAUCUUCAAGUACGAGGACGAGCAAGACGUUGAAGAAAUCCAAUACGUUACCUUCCUCAUCAUGGCUCGCGCCGGUCUUAAGGCUCUGGAGUACUAUGACCCCGCAAAGAAGAAGCAUGGACAGGCACACAUGCAGGCUCGCCUGGGUAUCACCCAACACCUGAUCAAAUCCGGCGUCGCCCGCCUCGAAGAAGUUCGGGGUACCGACGGCAGCCUCGAGAACAUCUACGUGCGCGUCGACCGCGAGGCGGUUCUCAAGCGCGGACGCAAGGCCGCGGGCGAGCUGCUCGUUGAGCUACAGGUGCGCAAGAGCACGGCGGAUGGUGCGGGUGCGCGGGCGUUCUACACCGAGCUGACGACGCCGUUCCCCGGCUGGGACGGCGAGAUCCGCGACGUCGUCCUCAGGAAGAAGCAGCCGCGCAAGGUGUUCGUGCAGCCGAACACGCUCGUGGAAAACGGCGAGGUCGUCCUCAAGGAAUACUCCACCACGCUUGAGGGUGUCAUUGAGAGCUUCAUCGAGCGGAACCUCUAAUGCACAGACUUAAUCUAGAACCGCAAUUUGUAUCAUUAGCCGAGAUGCCUGAUCACUCACCGACUGGACCCCAAGUAGGCUCACAUCUU